GGGGUGGAGGUUUGGGGGGGCGGGGGGGGCCGGCGGCCGCCAUCUUCUCGCCGAGACCGCCUCGCCCGCCGCGCGGGUCCGUCCGGCAGCUCACGGGUUAAGGCUGGCACCGCGCCCGGCGGGAGGGGGGCGCCCACCUCCCCUCCCCCCCCGCGCCGGGCAUGCGGGGCCCGCCGGGCACCGAGGAGGAGCUGCCGCGGCUGUUCGCGGAGGAGAUGGAGAACGAGGAGGAGAUGUCAGAAGAAGAAGACGGUGGCCUUGAAGGCUUUGAGGACUUCUUUCCUGUAGAGCCCGUGAGCCUUCCGAAGAAGAAGCCUAAGAAGCCAAAAGAGAGCAAGUCUAAAGGGAAACGGAAGAAGAAAGAGGGGAGCCAUGAUGAGCUGUCGGAAAAUGAGGAGGAUCUGGAAGAGAAGUCAGAGAGUGAAGGUAGCGACUACUCCCCCACCAAGAAGAAGAAGAAAAAGCUGAAGGAAAAGAAGGAGAAGAAAGCCAAGCGGAAAAAGAGGGAUGAGGAUGAGGACGAUAAUGAUGAUGGGUGCUUGAAGGAGCCCAAGUCCUCGGGACAGCUCAUGGCUGAGUGGGGCCUUGAUGAUGUUGACUACCUGUUUUCGGAGGAAGACUACCACACGUUGACCAACUACAAGGCCUUCAGCCAGUUCCUCCGGCCGCUUAUUGCCAAGAAGAACCCGAAGAUUCCCAUGUCCAAAAUGAUGACCGUCUUGGGGGCCAAGUGGCGAGAAUUCAGUGCCAACAACCCCUUCAAGGGCAGCUCAGCAGCAGCAGCUGCAGCGGCUGUGGCUGCAGCCGUGGAAACUGUGACUGUCGCUCCUCCACUGGCCAUCAGUCCCCAGCAGGUGCCCCAGCCUCUGCCCAUCCGCAAGGCCAAGACCAAAGAGGGCAAGGGGCCUGGAGUGAGGAAGAAGAACAAAGGUGCCAAAGACUCCAAGAAGAAGGGCAGGGGCAAGAGAGUGGCAGGGCUCAAGUUCCGCUUUGGAGGGAUCAGCAAGAGGAAGAAGGGAUCCUCGAGCGAGGAGGAUGAACACGAGGACUCCGAUUUGGACAACGCCAGCAUCCACAGCUCUUCCAUGCGCUCCGAGUGCUCUGCAGCCCUGGGCAAGAAGAACAAGAGGAGGCGCAAGAAGAAGAGGAUUGAUGAUGGUGACGGCUAUGAGACAGACCACCAGGAUUACUGUGAGGUGUGCCAGCAGGGCGGGGAGAUCAUCCUGUGCGACACCUGCCCCAGAGCCUACCACCUGGUCUGCCUGGACCCGGAGCUGGAGAAGGCUCCCGAGGGCAAGUGGAGCUGCCCUCACUGUGAGAAGGAGGGGAUCCAAUGGGAGCCGAAGGAGGACGAUGAUGAAGAGGAGGAGGGCGGCUGCGAGGAGGAGGAGGAUGACCACAUGGAGUUCUGCCGCGUGUGCAAGGACGGUGGCGAGCUCCUGUGUUGUGAUGCCUGUCCCUCUUCCUACCACUUGCACUGCCUCAACCCACCGCUGCCCGAGAUCCCGAACGGUGAAUGGCUCUGCCCGCGCUGUACAUGUCCGCCACUGAAGGGCAAAGUUCAGCGAAUCCUACACUGGAGGUGGACAGAACCCCCAGCUCCCUUUAUGGUGGGGCUGCCGGGACCAGAGGUGGAGCCUGGCAUGCCCCCGCCCAAGCCUCUGGAGGGCAUUCCUGAGAGAGAGUUCUUUGUCAAGUGGGCUGGGCUCUCCUACUGGCACUGCUCCUGGGUGAAGGAGCUACAGCUGGAGCUGUACCACACCGUGAUGUAUCGCAACUACCAAAGAAAGAACGAUAUGGACGAGCCGCCUCCCUUUGAUUACGGUUCUGGCGACGAGGACAGCAAGAGCGAGAAGCGGAAGAGCAAGGACCCCCUCUAUGCCAAGAUGGAGGAACGGUUCUACCGCUAUGGCAUCAAGCCUGAGUGGAUGAUGGUCCACCGCAUCCUAAACCACAGCUUCGACAAAAAGGGAGACGUGCACUACCUGAUCAAGUGGAAGGACCUGCCCUACGACCAGUGCACCUGGGAGAUCGACGACAUUGACAUCCCCUGCUACGACAGCCUGAAGCAGGCCUACUGGGGCCACAGGGAAAUGAUGCUGGGAGAGGAUGCCAGGCUGCCCAAGAGGCUGGUCAAGAAGGGCAAGAAGUUGAAGGACGAUAAGCAAGAGAAGCCACCGGACACGCCCAUUGUGGACCCCACAGUCAAGUUUGACAAGCAGCCGUGGUACAUCGACUCCACAGGAGGCACUCUACACCCCUACCAGCUGGAGGGCCUCAACUGGUUACGCUUCUCCUGGGCCCAGGGCACCGACACCAUCCUGGCUGACGAGAUGGGAUUGGGCAAGACAGUGCAGACCAUUGUGUUCCUCUAUUCCCUAUACAAGGAGGGCCACUCCAAGGGCCCUUACCUUGUCAGCGCGCCCCUGUCCACCAUCAUCAACUGGGAGCGGGAGUUUGAGAUGUGGGCGCCCGACUUCUACGUGGUCACCUACACGGGAGACAAGGAGAGCCGCUCUGUGAUCCGUGAGAACGAGUUUUCCUUUGAGGACAACGCCAUCCGGGGUGGGAAGAAAGUGUUCCGCAUGAAGAAGGAAGUGCAGAUCAAAUUCCACGUGCUGCUCACCUCCUAUGAGCUCAUCACCAUCGACCAGGCCAUCCUGGGCUCCAUCGAGUGGGCCUGCCUUGUGGUGGACGAGGCUCACCGGCUUAAGAACAACCAGUCCAAGUUCUUCAGGGUCCUGAACAGCUACAAGAUUGACUACAAGCUGCUGCUGACAGGGACCCCCCUCCAGAACAACCUGGAAGAGCUGUUCCAUCUCCUCAACUUCCUGACUCCAGAGAGGUUCAACAAUCUGGAAGGCUUCUUGGAGGAGUUUGCUGACAUCUCCAAGGAAGACCAAAUUAAAAAGCUGCAUGACCUGCUGGGGCCACACAUGCUUCGGCGGCUCAAGGCUGACGUGUUCAAGAACAUGCCGGCGAAGACAGAGCUGAUUGUCCGAGUGGAGCUGAGUCAGAUGCAGAAGAAGUACUACAAGUUCAUCCUCACUCGGAACUUCGAAGCACUCAACUCCAAGGGGGGCGGCAACCAGGUGUCUCUGCUCAACAUCAUGAUGGACCUGAAAAAGUGCUGCAACCACCCAUACCUCUUCCCCGUGGCUGCCGUGGAGGCUCCUGUAUUGCCCAACGGCUCCUACGAUGGCAGCUCCCUGGUCAAGUCUUCAGGGAAGCUCAUGCUGCUGCAAAAGAUGCUCAAGAGGCUGCGGGAUGAAGGACAUCGAGUGCUGAUCUUCUCCCAGAUGACCAAGAUGUUGGACCUCUUGGAGGACUUCCUGGAGUACGAGGGCUACAAGUAUGAGCGGAUCGACGGGGGCAUCACUGGGGGCCUUCGGCAAGAGGCCAUCGACAGAUUCAAUGCUCCCGGGGCCCAGCAGUUUUGCUUCCUGCUCUCCACACGUGCCGGCGGCCUGGGCAUCAAUCUGGCCACAGCAGACACAGUCAUCAUUUAUGACUCGGACUGGAACCCACACAACGACAUCCAGGCCUUCAGCCGCGCUCACCGCAUCGGGCAGAACAAGAAGGUGAUGAUCUACCGCUUCGUGACACGGGCCUCUGUGGAGGAGCGCAUCACUCAGGUGGCCAAGCGCAAGAUGAUGCUCACCCACCUGGUGGUGCGGCCCGGCCUGGGCUCCAAGUCGGGCUCCAUGACCAAGCAGGAGCUGGACGACAUCCUGAAGUUCGGGACAGAGGAACUCUUCAAGGAUGACAUGGAGGGCAUGGUGUCCCAGGGCCAGAGACCUGCCACACCUACCCCUGACAUACAGUCCUCCAAGGGCGGAUCUCUGGCUGCCAGUGUGAAGAAAAAGCAUGGCAGUACCCCACCAGGUGACAACAAGGAUGUGGAAGAUAGCAGUGUGAUCCACUAUGAUGAUGCAGCCAUAUCCAAGCUGCUGGAUCGGAACCAGGAUGCCACCGAUGACACGGAACUGCAGAACAUGAACGAGUACCUGAGCUCCUUCAAGGUGGCACAGUAUGUGGUCCGGGAGGAAGACGGCGUGGAGGAGGUGGAGCGGGAGGUGAUUAAGCAGGAGGAGAAUGUGGACCCCGACUACUGGGAGAAGCUGCUGCGCCAUCACUAUGAGCAGCAGCAGGAGGACCUGGCCCGCAACCUGGGCAAGGGCAAGCGCAUCCGAAAGCAGGUCAACUACAACGACGCCUCUCAGGAGGACCAGGAAUGGCAGGACGAGCUCUCGGACAACCAGUCGGAGUAUUCCCUCGGCUCCGAGGACGAGGACGAGGACUUCGAGGAGAGGCCGGAAGGGCAGAGUGGACGGCGACAGUCCCGGAGGCAGCUGAAGAGCGACAGGGACAAGCCCCUGCCACCUCUUCUGGCUCGAGUUGGGGGCAACAUUGAGGUGCUGGGCUUCAAUGCCAGGCAGCGGAAGGCUUUCCUGAAUGCCAUCAUGCGCUGGGGCAUGCCUCCUCAGGAUGCCUUCAACUCCCACUGGCUGGUGCGGGACCUCCGUGGGAAGAGUGAGAAGGAGUUCAGAGCCUAUGUGUCCCUCUUCAUGCGGCACCUGUGCGAGCCUGGGGCAGACGGCGCGGAGACCUUCGCAGAUGGCGUGCCCCGGGAGGGCCUGUCCAGGCAGCACGUGCUCACGCGUAUUGGGGUCAUGUCGCUGGUUAGGAAGAAGGUGCAGGAGUUUGAGCAUGUCAAUGGGAAGUACAGCACCCCAGACCUGGUCCCCGAGGGGCCUGAGGGCAAGAAGCCUGGCGAGGUGAUCUCCUCGGACCCCAACACGCCCGUGCCGGCCAGUCCUGCACAGCUCCCACCGGCCCCACUGGGCUUGCCAGACAAAAUGGAGGCCCAGCUGGGCUACAUGGAGGAGAAGGAGUCAGGCAUGCAGAAGCCAAAGAAGUCCCUGGAAAUCCAGGCCCUGCCAACUGCCCUGGACAGAGUAGAGGGUGAAGAUAAGCAUCAGAGCACAGACAGCAAGGACAGAGCUCGGGAGGAGAGGAUGGAGGAGGCGGAGGAUGCCCAGGGUUCUCCAGAGCAGCCACUGAAAGAGGAAGUGCUGCCAGACAAGGAGCCAAUCCCAGACAAGCUGGAGCUGAGCCUGAGCCACAGCAGCGACUUCAGGCCAGAUGACCCCAAGGCUGAGGAGAAGGAACCCAUGGAGACACAGCAAAAUGGUGACAGAGAGGAAGACGAGGAGGGGAAGAAAGACGACAAGAAUGGGAAAUUCAAGUUCAUGUUCAACAUCGCAGAUGGGGGGUUCACAGAACUGCACACACUGUGGCAGAAUGAGGAACGGGCCGCUGUGUCCUCGGGGAAAAUCUACGAAAUCUGGCACCGGCGCCAUGACUACUGGCUGCUGGCGGGCAUCGUGACGCAUGGCUAUGCCCGCUGGCAGGACAUUCAGAAUGACCCUCGAUACAUGAUCCUAAAUGAACCCUUCAAGUCUGAGAUCCAUAAGGGCAACUAUUUGGAAAUGAAGAACAAGUUUUUGGCCCGCAGGUUCAAGCUGCUGGAGCAGGCACUGGUGAUUGAGGAGCAGCUCCGGAGGGCAGCGUACCUCAACAUGACCCAGGAUCCCAACCACCCAGCCAUGGCGCUCAACGCCCGCCUGGCAGAGGUGGAGUGCCUUGCCGAGAGCCACCAGCACCUGUCCAAGGAGUCCCUCGCUGGGAACAAGCCUGCCAACGCUGUGCUGCACAAGGUCCUGAACCAGCUGGAGGAACUGCUGAGCGACAUGAAGGCAGAUGUGACUCGCCUGCCCUCCAUGUUGUCACGUAUCCCCCCGGUGGCUGCCCGUCUGCAGAUGUCUGAGCGCAGUAUCCUGAGUCGCCUGACCAACCGUGCUGGUGACCCCACCAUCCAGCAGGGCGCUUUCGGCUCCUCUCAGAUGUACAACAACAGCUUUGGGCCCAACUUCCGGGGCCCUGGACCGGGAGGGAUUGUCAACUACAACCAGAUGCCCCUGGGGCCCUAUGUGACUGACAUCUAGCCGUCCUCGUGACUUCUCCCUGUUGCAGCGCUCCUUUCCAGCUGAGCCGGGCCACCUGCUCAGCCCCCAUGGGAGAGAGAAGCUACAGCCCUUUUAGGAGUUGGUGUUGGAAUACAAAAGGGAAAUCAAGCAAUUCUAUCACACAGAGGACGAGGCCCAGCCUGGCUGCACAGGAGUCCAGAAGUGCCACCUCAUCCUAGCUGAAGUGUUCUUCCACACAGCAUCCCAUCCACAGCCACGCUGGGCAAGGCCCUGACACCUUUUCCAGAGUGACUUACUUAGAGGAAAUUCCAUUUACCUGUACUUUUUUUGCACUUUCCUACCGAAGAUGCGAGCGUAUUUGUCUUGAUAAAAAAGUUGGAUGACGUGUGGAAGAUUCAGACUCACAGCAACCCCUGUCUGUCACCAGGCUCCAGACCUCAAGGGAAAGAUCUCUGGAGGCCUUUGGUGCUGCUCUGUGGACUCACUCCGGCUGGGGAGAAUGCAGCAGCCUGUUCUGGAAGCCCUUAGUAUGUCCCCUGCCCCUGUCUGUACCUGUGUGACUGCCCUUCUGCUCCAGCCUGCUCGGGACCCUUGCGCUACGGGGAACCAGGUCUGGAGAGUAGCUGCCUAGCCCAGUGAUGCUCAGGUUGGGGACCACCAGGCACAUUCCAUCUCCUGGCAGGGGCAUGUAUCUCAAGGGCUCUUGGCUCUGUUGUUUCCAGUGAACAAGUGGUGGCCCCAGUGAUGUGUGGCAGAGAGGGUGGGACAGACCCAGAGCUGGGCCAAAGCCCCUGAAGGGGCUUCUGGAUGUUUGCUCUCUGCAGGAGUGUGGUGUAGGCAGGUGGGAGCUGGUGCUCCAGGAACGAGGGUCGUUUUUUGUUGAGUGGACCUGGGAGACUUGUUCUACUCACCGUGGCACAGACUUCCUUGUUCGCAGCAUCCUGGGCACGGAUGCCAAGGAGCCAGUCCCUCCUGGGGCUGGGCAUGUCUCUGCUGUCUUGGUUCUAGAGAGGCCUUGACUAGGGCAACUGCUGCAUGAAGGUAGGGGCCAUAAGGGCCCUUGCUGGUUCUCAGAGGGUGCGCACAGAGCUGUGUGUGGAGGUGGGACUCUGGACCUGAGGGCUUCUUUAGAUCCUUCCUAGCUGGAGCCAUCAAGGCUCUGGCCUUAUUUCCUGCAGGGAUGCCUUGGAGAGCCAGGACCAUCUCCCCUUGUCAGUGUUGGCACGCCAACUUGUCUUGCUCCAUCCCAGCCUGCGGCACAAUGUCAUGGCCCACGCUGGGGUGUGGGUGGGGUGGCUCCUGCCAGGCUGUGAGCCCGUGUCUGAGCUACGUCUGGCUCGACGGGAGACUUCCGAGCCCUAGUCAUGGCACUUCCCAGGCAGGUGCCCUGGGGUUCAGCAUACUCUGAAGACGAGGAAGGGGCUUGUAGGGAAAAGCCAGUUGGGUUUGAGGGAGCUUGGAGGGGCUAGACUCUCCUGCCUGGGAAAGGAGUGGAGGUAUGCAGCGUCUCCAGGCCCGCCAGGAAUGGGGCAGGUCUCCAAGGCUUGUCUUGAGGACACUUGGGCAGGUGCCUAGCCUUUCCUUAGCCCAGAUGUGCACAUCUGUAACAUAGUUCCUCCUCUGAACCCCUGGAGGGCUGGACCCCCACGGCUUCUUCCAUUGUGACACCUCCCACACUUGAGUCUAUCUGAAUCUUAAGGCCAGCGACUGUCCACACACUGUGGGUAGGCAGAGGGUUGGGGGCUCUGGUCACAGACAGGACAUCUGCAGGCUUGAGUAUAUUAUAAUGGCUGACCCCACUCUCUUAAGAAGGGCUGUCCCCUGCAUGGGAGUGGCUGCCAUAGCUUGCUCCCCAACCCCAGGGCCUCUGUGUUAGUCCCACUGGGCCAGGCGGUCAUCAGCCCUGUUGGCCCCAUUCGGAACUGUGUUCGGCUCCUUUGCCACAUGUGACAGGUCCUGAGACAUGGGCCUAGAGGCACAUGUGGGACAGAACAGAGUCUGUGUCCUUGACUCUACUUCAGGGGCUCAUCAUUUCUCCAAUGACUUCUCCCAGGAGUCUGGCUUUGUCCCUCCAUCUCUGCUGCUUCCUAGAGCAAACCCUGUUGGCCUUCUCCUCUCUGCAGCUAGCUUGACCCGAGCCCCCGCUGGCCUGGGAGGGUCCAUGUUCCCUGUGACCAGCACUGGGAGGCUUUGGAGGGUAAACUGGCCCAGGCAGCUGGGGAGAAGACAGAACCCCUUCAGGGUGCCCUCACUUUGGUCCCUCAGCUGUCUCCUGCUAGCCAGUGAUGGACAGAAGCAACAUUUUGAGGUGGCUCUCAUUUUGCUGCUGAUAGAAUUGGGUCCUCAUGCUCAAGCCGUCAGAGCUGCAGACACAUUUCCAGACACUCUGAUUCACUUAACUCUAUAGGAUUUCUGUAGAAGGUGUGGGGUGCUCGUAGGUGACAUGCGGAGUUGGGGUCAGAGCUAUAACAUCUGAGGGCACCCCCUCACGCACUCCUGCUGUGACCAGCUUCCUCUGCUCCCGAUACCCCAGGGCCACCUGUGAGCCAGGGCUCUCUCCCUCACCUUCUGGGUCCCCCUCACCCAUGUGGGUUGACAGGCUCAGUAACACCUGCAACCAGUUAGGUCUUGUGUCCCAGGACUUUUCAGGUCCUGCAGGGGCCACGCUGGGAGUGGACAGGUAUUGAUGCUUGGAACUUCUAGUAUGUGCCAAGGACGGGGGCUGGGGGCCUAGGCUGACCCUCCACCUUCAUUGUCCUGACAUUCCCACAAAGGGUGGAUGGCCGCCUGCACAGAGCACAGCGUGGAGGAAGCCACCUGCCCGAUUUAUAUACCCGGAAGUUUACAGCCCAAAGUCGUCGGUGUCCUUGUGUUCAUGGGUAUUUUCCCUCUUAAUUUUCAGAUUUUUUUUUUAAACAAAGUAUUUUUUUAGGUAUGAUAACCCUGAAAGGGCCUGUUGGGUGUGCGUAUGUCCUGAACGCUCCACAUAGCCACACAGGGACCAGAGCCCAGCUCAGAGGCAGCUCUUCUGCCUGGAGAGGAGGGAGGCCCCUGCUGCUUGCCAGGGCCAAGCUAGACUGCAGGGAGUUCUCUUCCUGCCCAGGCCAGGCUGGCAUUUGUCCCACCCUUGCCCAAUCCGGCUCACCCUGGGGAAGCUAGAUGCUUGGGGCCAGCUGAGGGCAUCUCAGCAGGGGUCCCCAGGGUGCACACCCGAGCUGCUCUGAAGGGCGUCCUGGGGAAGGCUGGACAGACUAACCAGUGUUAUCUUCACUCGUACUCUGUGUGUAUGUUUUGGUUUCUGUGUUUUAAUAAACCCUUUGGGAAGG